AUGGCUGGACCACCUUCUUCCACCGGCGAUGUGUUCCUCUACUUCCUCGCGAUAUUCCUUCCACCAGUGGCAGUCUUCUUCAAGAGAGGAUGUAGUGCGGACGUACUGAUCAACAUUUUACUUUGGAUUUUGGGUUGGAUACCUGGUGUCAUUCAUGCUUGGUGGAUUAUCAGUCGAUAUGGCCGACCGGCUGGGGCACCCAUUGGACGCACUUACUAG